AUGUUCCGACGCCUGAACUGCCUCACAUCGAGCUCCGACACGACGGUCCGCUCCUCCGUCCAUUUCCUGGAAAGACUGAAAGGCCUGCAAAUUAACACAGACGAGGUCAUGGUGUCGUUCGAUGUAACCUCGCUUUUCACCUCGAUCCCAAAGGAUUUGGCAGUCGAAACUGUCAGCGACCUCCUCGACAGCCAAUACACGGAGUCAAACAAUACUCUUAGGCGGGGGCACCUGGUGCAACUGCUUAAAUACUGCCUCCAGACGUUCUUCACAUUUGAAGGGACGGUGUACGAGCAAAUCAAACGUACGCCAAUGGGCUCACCACUAUCCGGUUUCAUUGCUGAAGCUGUUCUUCAAAAGUUGGAGACGUUGGGGUUCGCAAGGUACAAGCCAAAAUUUUGGGCGCAGUAUGUGGACGACACUUUCGUCGUUCUCAAACGGGAUAUGGUCUCGAAUUUCCACGCACUACUGAACUCUGUUCUUCCCGAUAUUCAGUUCACCAUGGAGACAGAGAACAACAAUCAGAUCGCGUUUCUAGACGUUCUGGUCCAUCGCAAGGUCAACGGGAGCCUAAAAACGACGGUCUACAGGAAGGCCACUAACACUCUCCAAGUCCUGUCCUACCACAGCAAUCACCCGAUGUGUCACAAACGAAGCUGUGUUCGAUCUCUCUACAAGAGAGUUGAUACUCACUGCAGCGAACCGGCCGACAAGGUAGCCGAACUCCACUAUCUACGGCGGAUGUUCACCUCCAACGGUUACCCCCGCAGCUUUAUAGAACGCAGCAGACUAUCCAGGCCAACAAUAAAGUCAACGGCAAAUCAGCCGAAAGUCUGGCGAGCGCUGCCAUAUAUUGCGAACGUUUCCGAGGCAGUUGCUCGCAUCUUGCAACCAUUGGGUAUCGGCAUCGCCCACAAACCAGAGGCGACAAUUAGACGUCUGGUCAUGAGGCCAAAAACGCCUCUGCCACGAGGCGAAACUGCCAACGUCGUCUAUCGGAUCCCGUGUAGUUCCUGCGAGGCAAACUACGUUGGAGAAACGGGGAAGAGAUUGCAGACCCGUAUGGACGAGCACGCAAGAGCGGUACGAAGAAUGGACCAGCUCUCGUUGGUGGCAGAACAUUGUGCAGCUUUUGGCCACGCCUUCGCCUUCUAA